AUGGUGAGGGAGGGCAGGCGGCGCCACGGCGGCGGCGGCGGCCCGCCGCCCGACGAGUCGUGGUUCCCGGGCCCGCGCUCGCCCUACACGCCGGCCGAGGCGGUGCUCAUCGCGCUCGUGCUGCUCUGCGUCAUCGUGGGCACCGUCGUGGGCAACGUGCUCGUCUGCGUGGCCGUGUGCCUGGUGCGCAAGCUGCGCCGCCCCUGCAACUACCUGCUGGUCUCGCUGGCCGUCUCCGACCUGUGCGUCGCGCUGCUCGUCAUGCCGAUGGCGCUGCUGUCGGAGAUCUUCGGCGUGUGGAGCUUCGGCCCCGUCGCCUGCGACCUGUGGGUCUCGUUCGACGUGCUCUCGUGCACCGCGUCCAUCCUCAACCUGUGCAUGAUCAGCGUGGACCGCUACUACGCCAUCACGAAGCCGCUCGAGUACGGCGUGCGGCGGACGCCGCGCCGGAUGGUGGCCAGCGUGGCGCUGGUGUGGCUGGGCGCCGCCUGCAUCAGCCUGCCGCCGCUGCUCAUCCUGGGCAACGAGCACGAGGACCCGCACGGGCUGCCGCAGUGCCAGGUGUGCCAGAACUUCGCCUACCAGAUCUACGCCACGCUCGGCUCCUUCUACAUCCCGCUCAGCGUCAUGAUCGUCGUCUACUACAAGAUCUUCCGCGCGGCGCGCAAGAUCGUGCUGGAGGAGCGGCGCGCCCAGUCGCACCUGCGGGCGCACUCCUACCUCGAGAUCAGCGUCGGCAACGGCGGCGGCCCGCCGGAGACGCGGCUCGCAGCCUCGACGACGACGGCGGAGGCGGACCCGGCGGCGGCGGCGGCGGCGGCGGCGGUCGACGGCGCCGCCAACGGCAACGGCGCCACCCCCGCCGCCGACGAGCAGUCGUCGUCGCCGGCGGUGAGGGCGCAGCACCAGCAGCAGCACCGGCCCAGCACCACCAGCACCAACACCACCUGCAGCGGCCAGACCGGCUCGAGCACUCGCUGCUUCGCCACGUCCAGCCUGCCGCGCCGCUCCAACGAGUCGCAGUGCCCCAUGCUGACGCCGCGCUCGCGGUCCAAGAAGAAGGCGGCGUCUUCGUCGCCGGGGGCCCGGGCCGGCGGCGGCGGAGGCGGCGUCGUGGGUCUGGGCGCCUUCCGGUCGCGGCGCCGCAAGCCGCCCCCGGCGCUAGCGCUGCCGGUCACGCCGACGGGGGGCGGCGCCGCCACCGCCUCCGCCACGCUGCCGCCGCCGUCCGCCGGCUUCUCCUCGCAGUCGUCUCCGCCCCCACGACAGACGCAGCAGCGCCGGCUGCGCUUCGCGCUGGCCAAAGAGAGAAAGGCUUCAACGACGCUUGGCAUCAUCAUGAGCGCCUUCACCUUCUGCUGGCUGCCCUUCUUCGUGUUGGCGCUGGUGCGGCCGUUCACCGACAUCCCGCCCUCGCUGUCGUCGCUGUUCCUCUGGCUGGGAUACGCCAACUCGCUCUUCAACCCCAUCAUCUAUGCGACGCUGAACCGCGACUUCCGCAAGCCGUUCCAGCAGAUCCUGUACUUCCGCUGUAGCUCGCUCAACCACAUGAUGCGCGAGGAGUUCUACCACUCGCAGUACGGCGACCCGGACCACCACCAGUACUACGUCAUCAACACGGCGGCGGCUGCCACGGGAGCCGGCUGCAGCGGCGGCGGGGGCGGCGGGCUCGGCGGGGGCGGCACCGGAGGCCGCCCGCUGUCGGCAGCGUCCGGGGCGGCGCCGUCGUUAGACUACCGCGAGGACGACGAGCGGCUGUCGGCGGCCGGAGACGGCCCGACGCAGUCGGCAGCGGGCCUCGUCGUCGACGACGACGACGAUGACGACGACGACGACGAGGAGCGCGACGCCACCACGGCGCUGGCCGACGAGUCUUUCCUGUGAUACGAGGAGCACCGCUUCUGAGCCCGAGAAGCGCAUGCGCCGGCGCCACGGCCGGCCAGUCCUGAAGAGGACGCCGAAACUGCCUCAAAAGACUGACCGCACUAAAGGACAAUCCACUUUCCGGAACAAGACCCGCUACCCAACCCAUACACUGACAACAAAGACUAUUACGUACCACGCGGUCAGAAAAACAUUCAAAACCACCAGGUGUGCUUGUAAAUUCUUGGGCAGUGUGGUGAUAAAUUUUUAGAAGAAAUUGUGCUGAAACAUAAAGGGUAUCAUCUGAUUUGUGAUGUGUCUACGGUUUUAACGUCCAGUACUAAAAAAAAUUAUGGCUGAUCGUCCAUCUCGACUUUCCCUAAUAAUCGUACCUACACUUGCUGUUUGUGUCAGUUUCUGAGCUCUGGUACAUGAACAGUCGCGACUAGAUCGUCAAUUUUCUGUUUACGGAAGACUACGUGAAAUUGAGGCUUCCACCAGUUGGCGAGAAGCUACGCACGUUGAAGGGAACAUGGGAUGCAAGUCUCUAGUUAGGAGGGGGGCAGCAAGUAAACGCUUGAAGAAACAGUGGGUCGUUAGUUCCUGAACAGCUUAGGCAAUAAGCCAAAAGGAAAUGGUAUAUUAACACCUAGUUUCUGCAAGAAGAGCCUAAAUAUAAUGCAAAAGAACACUUGGUCUCAUACAUGACUACGCAUUAGCUGAAGGAAAAGAUUGUGUCUGAUACUACCAAAGAACAUUUUCGAUACAGUUGUAAAGCGAAAAGAAAAGAAAAUAUUGCCUGUACUCAAAUACCAAUAAUUUUCCUCUAGGCUGACGUAACACUGCAAGUGUGUAGAAGGCUGUAGCUACAAGAGACCCUUGAACCAUAAAUCCUAAUUGUUUACUCACUGAAGUAGAUAAAUCUGAAAGCAAAUUGCAGGACAAUCAACUAAAAUUAUUUAGUACAUUUUUUGUAAGUCUCUGAACUGUACUGCGUACUUAACCUACCACUAUGGACAGGGCAGCUCGUUCUUUUACGCAGUUAGUGUCAACGAAAUCGUAAACGUGCUUCACACCUCUGGUCCUCACUGAAGCAUACAUCUUUGGCUGCAACUUAUUUACGUCACACCAACAGCAAAUUCCUCUGUAGCUAAUUUUCUUUCCGUGUGUAGCUUCCCUUACAUCAAAACGUUGCGAAGUACCAACAAAUUAUAUAAUCGUAACGUUACCAUGCACAUUCACUAAAAUAUUUUCUUUCCGGUUAGAAACUAUACUGUAGGAUUCCUGAAGAAAUGACGAACUAAGACUGAUACAUUACUGGUAUUUGGAAUGGACCUUCUAAAAGUUCUGAACUAUUGCUUCCUAUUGUACGUGCCAGGUAAAGCCAUUAACGGUUUCAAAAAAGCGGUUUUCAUGUGCUUCAUUUUAGUAAGGUAUGAAAAACCUGUUUCUUUUCGGUUUUGCCACACAUAGUUUAUUACUGCUCUUAGUUAUCGUGGGAAGUUAUUCGCUUUAGGUGUGAAAACGUAAAUGUUAUUGGGAACAAGAGCGAUGACAUACCAUGAUAUAAGAAUAAAUGAGAAUUGUGAAUUGUUCUCCUGAAGGGAGAAAAUUAAAGAAAAAUACAGACAUGAAUAGUUGCAAAUUAUUAAUGUGGAUGCUAUACACGAAAGCUUUAUUUUCUCCACAUCUGUUUCUCCCAUUUACAUGCAUGUUUAAGAUGAAUUAUGUGUAAGAUUCGUCACAUACGUUGAUUUAAGGAAGAAGGUAGAAGCGUAACUGUUUUGCAAAGAAAACUACGGAAUCGUGUAUUUAGUGAUGUGAAGUGAAUGAUGAGUGGACAUGUUUCCGUUCUCUUGUGAGGCACUCUUCCAGACCCACAUCCUGUGACUUACUGUCGUAAGCUAACUCUGUCUCUCUUCUACUAGAAAUACGCAUUAUUUUAAAGCGACGAGCGUUCAUUUGGAAUGGAAAGAUACCUUCGGGACGUACUGCUUCGAUGAUUAAGUACGUAAACUGACCAACAGGAUACUUGGGCGUGGGUGGGAUUCUGUGUGAUUCUUAAAAGCGUAUGAGAAUGAGGUUUAAGUAAAUGUAAAAUUAACGAGUUAUAUGUAUCAUAAGCAAUACUAUGAACGUGAUUUCCCGUAUUUUGCUAUCGUAACUCUUUCUACUGAGGCAUUCAAGUUUUGGCUCCUCGUGUGUAAUACCUCCUGUCUUUCACGAAACACGAAGAGAUUAUUCGUCAAUGCCGAUUCAUCUUGCCUACACUCAGAUUUCUCCUACAAAAAACCAAAGAAUGUUAAUUGUAAAUAUUAGUGUAAAAUAGAGAUAAACUCUUUAUAUGGUGUUUUCUAUAAUUUCAAUCAGUGUUUUCGUCAAAUGAAUCAUUUAUUUUAUUUAUUGCUACAAUAAAUUCCCAAAUCGUUACUUUAAUAUGAAUGUGUGAUGAGCACUCGAUGGAAAUAGAAGUAAAUAUCCUGUUUUCGUCUGUGAAAAGUAUAGUUGGAAAUAAAAAUGAAACUGUAUUUACAGAA